AUGAAGAAGCCAUCCUACAAAGGCUUUUGGAGGAUCUGUCAGAUCUUCUUUGCCGAAGUGCUAGCUUCCGGUUUGGCGCACUUCUUCUGUUUCCUCGUCGACGUCUCCAUACCCAAUCUCACUAUGGUGGCGGGUUUUCUAGCGGGUGCCUCGGUUUACCUAGCCAUCUGGUGCACCUUCACCACCAGCGGGGCCCAGAUCAAUCCCAUGGUCACCCUGGCGGUCGUCCUUACCCGUCGUAUAUCACCACUCCUUGCUCUCGUCUACUUGGUGGGCGAUUUCGUGGGCACCCUGACUGCCAUGGGGAUCGCGUGGUCCAUCUCGCCCUUCAAGGACCAGGAGCCAGGCACCUACGGGAUGACGCUUCCUGGGAAUGGAGUGAGCGCUCUCGUGGCAACUUUAACAGAGACUGUGUCCACCUUCUUCCUUCUCACAGUCAUCCUAGCCUCUUUGGAUGAGUUGCGUGCUAGAGAGUGGCGACCGGAGAAAGGAGCCCCCUUCCCCUUAGCUGUCAUGUUGGCCCUCAUGAUUAACGUGGUGCUCACGUUGCCUGUAUCUGGGGCCAGUAUGAAUCCCACUAGAAGUCUAGCUGCUGCGAUCAUCCAGAAUAACUUCGACCGGCAAUGGAUUUACGUUGCUGGUCCAUCACUGGGAACCGUGUUGGCGUGUGCCUUCUACGAGUUAGUGAUUUGUCCCUUUGCCUCGCUCAGGCGAACACGGCACUGUCUUUGCUCGGCAGACUUCAACCGCAAGAGCACAUAUGCCCAAGAAGACGUGGGUGUCUAA